UUGUUGCUAGGUAGCCUAAUGAAAUGAUCUCUCAACUCGCGUUAGCAUUUAGCUUAAACUAGCUAGUUAGCUUUUUAACUUUAGACAUUCAUGUAAGUACAGAGGAAGUUAUGAGCUCUCAGGACAAGGGUCCCCAGGAGCAUCGACAGGAGACCCGACAGGAGACCCUGCAGCAGAUAGCAGCCAAAGUAAUCCAGAAGGCCUGGAGAAGACAUGUGUGCAUAGAGGUGUUCAAGUAUGUCAAACAUCUUAUCAACGAGUGCAACCAGCGCGAUCCCAAGAAGAUCCUAAAAUCUGUCAAUCCUCGAGAGGCAGAGUUGCUGGAUGCUGCCGCUGGCGUGUUCAUCAGAUUUCGACUUGGAGGGAUUACCUUUCCACCCAACAUCUAUUACAAGAUCUACACCCAUCGACCCAUUACUGAUAUGUGUGCCAGCAGCCCGAAGGACUACACCCAGCCAGACCUGAAGAAGCCUGCGGCUCAACAGAAUAAACAAGGCCAGCCUCUUAAGCAGGAGGACCGAUCAGGAUGGUACCGGCGAUUGGAGAACAACAGCUGGAGGCUCUUCUGUAGCAAGGUGAAGAGCGUAAAGAUGCAUGCCUCCAAGUGA